CAAAGGCCGAACCGCACGCGCCCCUCGACCGCGGCCGAACGCACGUGAAAAUGAGACCGAGUUUCUAAAUUUUAAUAUUUAUUAUUUUUUAAAAUUCCUUGCUUCGCUUUCGUUAUCAGUUGCCUGUUUUUAAAGGUUUUAUAUUGUGUUUAUUUUUAAUUGUUUUUUUUUUAAUCAAAUAAAAUGAUGUUUUUGCUGAAUAGAGUACGCCCUAGUGUUUUUGUCAUCGUAUCGCUAGUUCUGCUAGCUAAUGCACAAAAACCAUCGAACGGACAACGAGACGUCGGCCCCCAAGAGCUGGCGAGACAGAAUAAAAUUACCCAGCAGAUCCUCGAGGCUUAUCUUCAGAAGAAAUUGGGACUGGCCAGUGGCAAUGUGAAGGCGCCUUCCAUCUUUGACAUUCUACCGGUAAAGAAAACUGAGGAAAGAACUAUAAGAGAAUCGGUUAAAGAACUCCAUAUCAUAGAACAGCCAGAAGAGCCAGAAAUGCAAGACGUACCAGAAAUGGCAGACCCUCCAGAUGUCCAGGAGUACGGUGAAGAUGAUAAUUUACAAAGCGUUGAAAGCGAGCAAAUAGACUCCAUAUAUUCUGAAGAAUGCUCGAGUUGCAGUAACACAGAAGACGAGCUUGGAGUGACGCGGUGGACGAUGCCUUUGCUGAAAUCAGGCGAGAAGAGAUACUACCUAGGCAUAUUUUUUAAGGCAAACUGGUUCAAAGCUCAGCAGUACUGCCGGUUCCACGGGAUGCACCUCGCCUCCAUCUCGUCGCAGGAGGAAAAUGACAGGCUAGAAAAAUACGUCAGAGAAUCAGGUUACGGCCGCGAACACUUCUGGACGUCAGGCACUGACUUGGCUGAAGAGGGCAACUUCUUCUGGAUGGCCAACGGCAGGCCUUUGACCUUCGUCAACUGGAACGCGGGAGAGCCCAACAACUUCAGAUACGAGAAUGGCGAAGAAGAAAACUGCUUAGAACUGUGGAACAGAGACGACAAAGGCUUAAAGUGGAACGACUCGCCGUGUUCCUUCGAAACCUACUUCAUUUGCGAAGUGAGGUCUGAUUAAUGAUUAAAUUAUUAAUUGAUCUUGCAUUUUAUACGACACGAUGCUUUUUAGCCACGGAAGCGAUUGUUUUCAUGAUAGAUUAUGCACUAGGGCUGGAAGGAAUAAAGAUCAGUUUUUUCCGUGUAAAAAACCCGCGAAUUAAAAGUAACCACGAAGGGUCCUACCUAACUACAAGGACUUUUGAUCAGCUUCUAUCUAGCGUUUUAUUAUUAAGUUGAACGAUUUGAUUACUUUUUCGUAAAGAUAUUUAAAAGCAUUUGUUCUUGUUAAAGUCAUAGGUACCAUUUAAAGGCCGUAGCAUACGUCACGGUUGUAACUGAAGCAUGUCAAAAUAAUGGUCGAAUAUUGAAAUUUCAAUUUAUAUAUUUAUUGAAAUGUUAUUUUAUUUAUUUGUAAUGCUAUUAAUAUACCUCAAUCUACAAAUAUACCUAUUAGUGUACCUCAUCAACCUUUGCAAAUAAAGGAAUUAAAUUGAAUAUUAGUGUCAGUUUUCUAACGUUAUCUUUAUGGAAAUAAUGACAGAAUACAAAAUUUUUUUCUGUAUUCAUUGCUUACUAUGUUUGUAGUUUCGUAACUUUGUAAGAAAAAUUUUGAUGUUGUAGGUCAAUCAAUCAAUCAAUUAGAUACUUUUAAUUUGUCAUUUUUAAUGUCGCAACAGAAAGACAGCCCGUGUUAAAGCUUCGAAAGUGUAAUAAGAAUAGUGCCUUUGUUGGAACUAACUUAAGGUCACAAUCUGAGGCAAAGAUGCAUAUCUUUACGUUUGUAUAUAUAGAUUUUACUUUCAAGUUGACUGUACAAAAUUACAAGACUCAAGUUAUUGUAGUUUUAAUACGAAGGACGAAAACGUGUCAUAUAAAAUGCAAAGUCGUUGUUAAGGCUGACGCAUACUUAGACGGGACGUAACGCAAUGUGAUUAUGCAUGAUGGGCCUGUAAUUUUUCUGUUCCUCUUUGUAUGCUUGUAUAUUAGUGAUCUUUAAAAUUACCAGUAAUACUGGUGGGCAGCACUUUUAUCUAUAUGAAGAGUAUUUCAUUGAACUGUUUUAAAUCGUAACGUUUGUCAUCGUUUUGUUACAUAACUGUAUGUUACUUAGUUUGCAACAAACAAUCGUCCCACCAAUAUUGUUUGGCUUUUACCAACUUAAAAAGUGCAACAAUUUUGACUUGCGUCCCCGUCCGUCUUAGUCUACAUUGUUAUAGUUUACAUUGUUUUUUUGUGAUAACAGACGUAGUGUGCUAGAUUUCGAAUUUUCAUCUCGAAUAUCUAUCUUUUAAUUUUCGUAAUAGAAAGAACCAUUUAGCGGAAACAAAAUUAUAACACCCGCAAAAUAUCGAAUCUAAUCUGACCUUAUCAUAUCAUUUUCUAUGAUAUGUAGACCUAUUUCUUGCAAAUCUUAGUGGAAAUAUAAUAUAGUUGUCCAAUGUAACUGCCAAAUUCCUAAUGUGGUGGGUAAAACCAUUUUCAUAACCAACCGAAAUUGUAAGCACUGAAUUUUAGUGCUAGAUACAUCGAUAAAUAAUAGUAAUUAAUCGACAUCUUGGACAUCAUAAAGCUAUGUUGUAUACACUUUGUGAAGAACGAUACUAGAUGUAACUAAACUAUAUUUCCAUUGUCACCGUGUGUUAUAUGAAUGUUUCCGUCCUUAAUCUUUAAGUACUGACUUGUUAAAUAUCGCUGCAACUAUCACAUUAUAUUAACUAAAUAAUUAAAUUGAAAUAUUUGAAUUAAAUAAUAUUUUAAUUAAAAAUUAAACAAAUUUGUUGAUGAUUUGAUAAAUAGAUACUUAAUAGAGGCUCUUGGGCCAAUAUGAAGGCAACAUGGAGUAUUUUGAUCGUAACAAGAGCCUUAUGUAUACAGUUUAAAAAGUUGAACUUUGCUUUACAUGAAUAACAAAAACUGGUGUACAAUUUGAGUCAAAAUAUAUCUGAGCUCGUUAUGAUUCAUAGUACAAUGUCAAUUAUUUCAAUAUAUAAAUUGUUUACUUCUUUGUAAACACCUUUGGCAAACAUUUUCUGUUCAAUCAUACGAAACACAAUCAUUAAAAAAUACUAGUAAAAUCUAUGUCGUAUAAAUUAUUAAUACGUGUGUACCUAUUAACUUUUUAAUUUAUUUUUCUCUUGUCAGUACUUAAAGCUCAAAAUAUUAUAUGAAAUUGGUCAGUAAGUUAUUUUCGGCUAUGACACUUGCGCUGACUUUGAUAACAUUUGAUAAUAUUGUUUGAAAUUUAACGCAAGUAUCGUCAAAAUUUGUAUAUUAUUUUUAUUUAUUCUAUAAUAGCUCAAAUACACGUCUCAGGUUCCGCGUACGGUUUAGUUCUUUUUCAGUUCCUAGUUUAUUCUAAUUAAAUUUAAGAUUUUUUAAUCUAGCUAAAAAUUGUACCUUUUUAAAGCUCAUAAAAUUAUAUAAAUUGUUUAUUAAAAAAUACUAUAAAAGUUACCUAUCAUUAUUAUAAUUUAACACCCACAUCGGUUUAAAUGCCAAACUUUUUUAUUGUACCAGUGCCUACCGAACUGAAACCGGGGCGUGUACGCCGAGCUUAAUAAAAGCUAUCAUAUCAAAAUAGGUGGUCGAUGUAUAAUAUGGUGUAUAUUAAAUAAGUAAAGUAAGGUGGAAUCAAAAAACAUAUUCUGUAAGAUAAAACGAUCACUGCCUAACGAUCUUGUUAAGAAAAUGUCCAAACCUCAGGUCCAACGGGACGCGUGUGUGUCCAUAGUCAAACGUAGUGGUUAAAUACAAUAGUUACCUUAGUAUAUCUGUAUAAAUAGUUGUAAGAAACCAAAAAUAAAAUAUAAAAU